AUCGGCGUCAACAGCCGUAGACAGAAGCAUGUACUGGCAUCUCUAUUGCCUGUUGCAGGGAGAUAGAGACCCGCCUUUCACGAGAAUAUCCAUUGUUAUUGUACCCUUUAAGAUUCCUUUGAAUAAUCCCAUUUCCAUUUCCAUCUUCUGUCUCUUACUCUUUCUCUUUCUCCUUUCCCACACGAUUAGUAAUCAAUCAGCAAUUCCAACUCAUCCCACACCCCACUAUAUUAUGGUAACCCCUUCAUCAUCACGCCCUCCUCUUCACUCUCUAUAAAUCCAUCUCUCUCCCCCUCUUCUUUUCUCCAUCACUUCUUCCUCUGCCUGCCUUUCUCCUUCUUCUACUUCUUCUUCUUCUUCUUCUUCUUGCUGCUCUUUUUCUGUUUCUUUUAGAGCAAUUUGAGCUUUUCAUCUUUUAGGACAAGACCCAUUUCCAUUUCUUGCAAGUACGAUUCCCCUAGGGUAAAAAUAUUUGAUCUUUUUCAAGCUAAAGCUAAACCCAGAUACAGCAAUAUGACUAUUACGGAGAUUAGAGUAGAGGAGGAGGAGGAUAAUCUUCCUCUUUUGGUUGAUCCUCAGACCAAUUCCAAGCCUCGCCGCAUUGCUCUUUUUGUUGAGCCUUCUCCAUUUGCAUAUGUGUCAGGAUAUAAAAAUAGGUUCCAGAAUUUUAUCAAAUAUUUACGCGAAAUGGGGGAUGAGGUGAUGGUUGUGACAACACACGAAGGAGUACCUGAGGAGUUUUAUGGAGCAAAAUUGAUUGGAUCACGGAGCUUCCCCUGCCCCUGGUACCAGAAGGUGCCUCUUUCUUUGGCACUCAGUCCAAGAAUAAUUUCAGAGGUUGCACGGUUUAAACCUGAUAUAAUACAUGCAUCAUCACCUGGGAUAAUGGUUUUUGGCGCUCUUAUUAUUGCAAAACUGUUAUGUGUCCCCAUUGUGAUGUCUUAUCACACUCAUGUUCCUGUAUACAUCCCAAGGUACACUUUUAGCUGGCUAGUGAAACCCAUGUGGUCGAUCAUAAAAUUUCUGCACCAAUCAGCUGAUCUUACCCUGGUACCAUCAGCUGCUAUAGGGAGGGAUCUUCAAGCAGCUAGGGUAACAGAAGCUAAUAAGAUUCGACUUUGGAAUAAGGGUGUUGACUCUGAGAGCUUCCACCCUCAUUUCCGCUCUGAUGAAAUGCGAUGUAGAUUGAGCAAUGGUGCACCUGAAAAACCAUUGAUAGUCCAUGUUGGACGACUUGGGGUCGAGAAAAGCUUGGAUUUCCUUAAAAGUGUCAUGGAUAGGCUUCCAGAUGCAAGAAUUGCCGUCAUUGGAGAUGGACCAUAUAGGGAGGAACUUGAAAAGAUGUUCACUGGUAUGCCUGCUGUCUUUACCGGGAUGUUAGGAGGAGAAGAGCUCUCUCAGGCAUAUGCUAGUGGGGAUGUUUUCAUAAUGCCUUCAGAAUCUGAGACGCUCGGUCUCGUUGUUUUGGAGGCCAUGGCUUCAGGGAUACCGGUAGUGGGAGCUCGUGCUGGUGGAAUCCCAGAUAUAAUUCCUCCAGAGCAGGAAGGCAAAACUGGUUUUCUGUUUAAUCCUGGAGAUGUUGAUGAUUGCUUGAGGAAAUUAGAGCCAUUGUUGAACAACGGCGAACUCAGAGAAACCAUUGGUAAAGCAGCACGUGAAGAAAUGGAGAAGUAUGACUGGAGGGCAGCAACUCGAAUAAUACGAAACGAACAAUACAAUGCUGCGAUUUGGUUCUGGCGCAAGGAGGGAGCGCAGCAGGUUCUGAGACCUUUUCAAUGGCUGGUAAAGCGUCUUUUCCCAUCUCCAGAAGUUUAACUAUAAUUGAUGGGAUAAAUUUCAGAGCUCUUGUUCUGCAAAAGGUAUCCCAAAACAUGGGGAAAAUCCAGGGAAGGGAGGUUGGUGGUUGUAUAGUUGAUUCAGCUUUCCACAGGGCCCUUCAAGGGUUGUGGAUGAUUGAUUGUUUGCUGUUUAUUCAUUGUUCAUUUGUUGUAUAUUAUAGUCAGGUUUGCAAUUAAAUGAUUUGGAUAUUUUUUCUUUUCUUUUGAAACAAAUGAUUUGGAUAGUUUAGAUGAACACUUUCUGGAAAAAGCAAAACUCUAGCAUUAAUGUAGAAUUGCUAUGUGCUCAUUUUUCUUA